AUGCUAACGCAGGAGAAAUUUCCCGGGCAAGCAACGGCACGAACCGAGGGCUUGACCGCCCAAGCAAUUGGUGCGCGCAUUGGUGUCCCGUGCCAGGGGCGGAUGGCGCAAUUGAGACGGCUCAUGCAGGAUCUUGACUGGUGCUGGGAGUUCGAUGAUUUGAUGAUUUCGGAGGAUCUUGCUCGAGAGCUCGUGAGCAUGACAAGAUUGGGUACGGACCCGCGCGCCAAGGCGUCGAGCGUGGAAGUGUCGAGCGUCGAAACGUAUACAGUCAGUCUUCCCGUUGUAUCCGAUGCUACCAGUCCAAAACGGCAUGGAAGGUCGAAAGAAAGAGUGAAGGGGCUGCUCACCCGACCGGAUCAGCCGGAGAACUCUCCAAAGGAGGGGAUGAGCGACGAGCGGCUGAAGCUAGGAACCAGGGCAUGA